UCAUAUUUAUUUCUUAUUUCUUGAAAUAAAUACCAAAAUAAGCCUAGAAUGAUUUGUAGACAUAUAUAAAGGAUAAAACGCCCGGCAUAUUUUAAUCGAUUGAAACAUCCGUGCGGAUGUUAAAAUCCUGUAGGCAGAUUCAAAAUUUUCCAAUGGAAAACGUACUGCACGUAGCCAUGAGUGAACUGGCUUCCUUAUCAAAUAAUUAACACACGUAAUAUGGGUGAUUAUUGAUACUAGGACGCAUUGUAAGCCCGCUCUGGUAAGUACUAAUACACUUUAUCUAUUUUUGCCGCAAAGCAGUUAUCGGGGUGACAUUUAAUUAAACCAUUUACCUAACCUAUCUCCUACAACCCGCCACGAAUUGAGCGAUGUAGGAAAUUGCAGCCAAUGUGAUCUGCACGGCAGCCAUUUUAAUGUACAGCCAAAAUUUUGCGGGGAGAAGAUCGAAUUGCAGAACGCUCUUCUUAUUGAAAUAUCACGACAAGAAACAACGAAGAAAAACGUCCCACAGAAGCUGUUUGAAAGUGACUGGCCAAGCCCACACUAGAGAAAUCGUUGACAUGGUUAUAAUUGAGCCUAUCUAUCGCAAUUUGAUGAAUCGGUGGUCAUUGGUAGCGAGUGAUAAUAAAUCAGCAGUUGAACUUGCAUUUUCACAAUUCGUUCUAUUAAAUUUUUCAUGUAAUUUUUUUAUGAAAUAGACGAUAUUUCCUUUGCUUUCUCAUUGAACAAAUCGAGUAGAGCAUUGUCUUUGGUUGGAAUUGUGUAAUUUUAGCAUAAUUGUUUAUGGUACCCCAUAUAAAGAAUCUAAAUUCCAAAGACUCGAAUGAUCAAAAAAAAAUCGGACCUUUCACUUACACUAAGUAACAAUUGUAUAUGACUAUCUAACAAAAUUGAGUUUUUGAAAUGACUUAAUGUUAUACAAAUAAGUCGGUUAAAUUAUUUUUUAGUUUUAGUCCACUUUGACGUAAAAGUAAAACAUCUUUCUGCUUCAAUCAGAACUUGUUCCAGUUUCGUUUCUUCUAUAUAAGAAGUUUUUAUGCCGAAUUCUUUAUAUGAGUGACACAACUGGCUUCAGCCUUUUGGUGCCCGUGUCUAGCUCGACGUUACAAGAGCGCAUAAAUUUAUUUGUGAAGCGGUGAUUGCAUUCAAUCUGUAUGCAACUGUUACGCGUCGCCUCGACUAUGUCUUACCAAGGAUCACCAUAUUCCGGCCCGGGGGAUGAAUACGAUUUUGAAGACGAUGGGUACGACGAUUUAGACGACUUCAGAGACCGAGAAGAAACCGUGCCACCUCCUGCACCAGUGUUAGACAGCGACGAAGAUACAGAAGAGGCAAGCGAGGCAGAACUACCGAACAACAAUGAACCUCUGGAAGUUAAAGAACAAAUAUAUCAAGAUAAACUUGCCAAUUUCAAGAAGCAACUGCAGCAAUUGGAAGACAGCCUCCAUCCUGAGUUCUUGCGUCGGGUGAAGAGGUUAGAACAUCAGUUACAAGAGAGGUUACGAUUGAACAGAAUAUACAAAGACCAUAUGUAUGAAGUGGUAGACAGGGAGUAUGUCGCCGAAAAAAAAGCUGCAGCUAAAGAAUUUGAAGAGAAGAAGGUUGAGUUACGCGAGAACUUGCUCACCGAUUUUGAAGACAAGAGGAAACUGAUUGAGAGUGAACGACACAGCAUGGAAUUGAAUGGUGAUUCAAUGGAGGUGAAACCGGUAAUGAAGAGAAUAUUACGGAGGCGAGCCAACGAGCCGGCCCCGGCGCCGGAGAAGCGCCGCAAGCCGCUGGCCACCACGCUCACGUUCCAGCUGGACGAGCGCGACAUCGAGGCCGACCUCCGCGCCAUACAGCGGACCACCCCGCCCAGGCAUCCCGUGCAGCACAACACCGCGCAGCCCAGGAAACAUCUCAACUCUGGCAGUACAUGCGACUCCCCUAUUCGGGAGAGCGAGACCUGCGACACUCGUGUGGAAGACGGCAAGCUGUUGUACGAGAGGCGCUGGUACCACCGCGGGCAGAGCGUCUACGUCGAGGGGCGGGACCUUCCCAAGUUCCCCGGACACAUCCACGCCAUUACAGAUGAGGCGAUAUGGGUAAAGAAGACGAAUGUGGAACGAAUAAGGAUAUACAUAUCGCAGUUAGCGCGCGGUAAAGUGACGUUAAAACGACGAGCGUCGUAAUCGUUGCGGUGUUACGCGUUACGCGUUACGCGCUGUGAUACAAGCUGCGUGCAGUGUUACGGGUGUGUUUGUGUGUGCGGACACUAGGACAAACGCUAGAUAUUUGUAUAUAUGAUUGUAUUAUAGUUUUACAUCUUGUCGUGACAAUGGAUUGUAAAGUUUGUUUUGGUCAGAAAUGUAAUUAUAAUAUGCUUACGAGGAUCACAUAUUUGUAUAAAAGUGUUGAAUUUAUUAUAUGCUGGUAUCUUUAAUUUUGGUUCAGCAUUUUUUUUAAAUUUUUUUUAUUGCCUUUGUAGGCAGACGAGCAUACGGCCCGCCUGAUGGUGAGUGGUUACCGUCGCCCAUGGACUUCAGCAAUGCCAGGGGCAAAGCCAAGCCGCUGCCUACCGCUAAAAGUAGUUCCUAAGUAUUUUCUUGAAAAACAUAUUAAUUUAAUGAAAUAUAUUAUAAUUCUAUAGCCUAGAUGCAUAAAUUAAAAGUUAUCUAUUGAAAGUUUUUACUCUUAUUUCUAAAUGAACUUAGCAGAUCGACAAAUUCUAUUUUCAAGAUUGAAAUUACCCUUAAAAUCGGUUCGUUUAUAAAUACCGUUAUGAAAGCCAGAAUCAUUGUUUGGAGAAUACUUAAAUAUUACUAAAAAAAAAAUAUUUUCCAAUUUUAAUGUUUCGAGUACCUCAUAUGUUCUGUAAUCAUGAUUACUGCUAUGCCUGUAUUGAACUGUGAAAGUGUUUUUUUAAUUAACAGAAUGUUUUUUUUAAUUAAUAUGAUUAAAUUUCUGAUCUAAACAUAUUAAAUAAAUCUCAACUACUUUAACAAUUACUUAUAACGUUUAACAGGGUUUUUAUAUCUAAAAUGUGUUUUGACGAAGUGAAAAUGCAGAAUGUUUUUUUUUUUUUAAUAAUGCUUUUUCACAAUGCAUUUGACUUAUAAAAAUCCAACAUUUAUUAUUUAUUUUAAUUAUAUAUGUAACUCUAUACCUCCCAUUUAGGGAUGGCGACAGGUCAAACAAAUAGUGUAGUUACAAAAUGACUGAAAAAAAAAAAACGAUUCAUUAAAUAAUCCAUAAAGUAACGGGAAUUCCGUUGUACAUUAAAUCAACAAAAUUAUAUUAAGAGUCUUAAAUG